GGCGUUUCCACGAGUUUUCCCCGCUGGGCCCAAUCAGGAAGCGUGGUCGCGCGACAUCGGAUAACAAACACGUACCAACGGCGCGUCGGUUUCGCCGCUCGAAUCGGCCGGUCGAUCGGAUCGUGGUGCCGGUGUACACAUUGGUGCGCGAGACUCCCGAAAUUACCGCGGAGGAAGGAAACGUGGAGGCAUCGUUGCUACGUGCGCGCGCCUGUGUGUACGAGUGCACGUGUGCGUUCGUGCGUGCGUGCGCGCCAGUGGUCCCGCUCAGCCGAGGAGAAUGUUCGCCUCCAUCGUUCCUCCGCUCGCGUUACACCAGCAUUUUCCUCGUUCGGCUCUCUUCCUUUCUUUCUUCGCACUCUCCGUUCUCCUUUCUCCCCUUUCUUCCCUUUCUUCCCUUUCUCCGUAUCCCGUGACCAUUGCUCCAACAACAACACUCGGCUCGUCACCUCUGCUCGAGUGCCCGGAGACGUGCUCCUCCGACGCGCAGUGUUCCCUCGCCUCUCGAAAUACCAACAGAUCCGCGAAAUUCCGCGUGCUCCGCGUGUUCUCGGCCUUUGCUCGAACGCCACGCCGGAAGCAGAGAGCGACCGCCGUGGUGCCGUCGAUGUGUUACCGGGGCAAGAAGAAGCUGGCCCCGCCGUUCCACGCCGCGUUCCGUGUGCGUGCCUGUUAAGUGCAGCCAACAAAGUGAUCGUCGUAGCUGGAAAGGCUCCAGCUGGAAAACGCGCGAUCCUUCUCCCAUCUGUGUAUGUUGUACGUUUCCCGUACGGUGCGUGUACGUGAGUGCGUGAAUGCGCGCGUCCAGCCUAGCGCGUCUCUCUUUCUACGUGUACACAUUGCGUUUUACUUGCGGCGCUUGCGCCGCUCCUAACGACGAUUCGCGCGCGCCUACUCGCACGGUGUCUCUGUGUGUGUAUGUGCAUAGGAGUUUCUGUCGCUGUCGGUGAAAAUACGAUCGGCUUCGUUAUUUUGCGAACGAGUUCGCGCUUCUUUGCAGACGCUUCAGUGUGCUUGGAGAAUGAUCAGGAACUGUGUUGCCGCUUGCUUAGGCGAGCUCCUUCUCGAGCGGAGGAGGAGGACGCUCGACUCGACGCGUCCGUUUCACUGCCAACGACGGUGAACGGAGCCGAAAGAUUGACAGAACUAUCGCGCGACUAGGAUAUAGCGUGUCGUUGCAACGUGUCCGGAAUAGGGGUGGGUAACACAAAUGGCGUUUCGUUCGACGUACGAUCUCACGAUCGAUAGGGAAACGACGUCUCCAAGUCCGUUCGAUGCUCCAUGACCGAGUUGUGGAAGCCGUUCAUGAUUGUUUUCCACGAAAGGCUGCGAAAAAUUACUGUGUGCCGUCGUUGGACGUGGAACGACGACGACAAUUAUGUGAUGUGAAUUGUAACAUGUGCACGAUGGACGGUUAAACGGAGAAGAUGCAUGGUGGAAAUUCCGCGGUAAGCAUCGCGGUAGAGUAACUCUUGCUUUACGUUCGUGUGUAAGGGCUGUUGGUGGAUUUUAAAUGAAACACCUUGGUGUGAGACGUAAAUGGAGGGAAGUCUCUCAACGUUCGGUGGGCCAAGUUGGGGGGCGGACAGUACGAGCCCUCAGCCACCGGAAACGACGAGAACCAGGGUACCGGUGCAAACUCCCAGUCCAGAAAAUAACGUCCUCGACGAUCGUAGGCUCCAAGUUAACUCUAUACGAGCUCAGAUCGAAAUAAUCCCGUGCAAGGUGUGCGGCGACAAGAGCAGCGGUGUUCAUUAUGGCGUGAUCACCUGCGAGGGCUGCAAAGGCUUCUUCAGGCGGUCGCAGUCGUCGGUCGUCAACUAUCAAUGCCCGCGGAACAAGAAUUGCGUGGUCGACCGUGUAAACAGAAACCGGUGCCAGUACUGUCGGUUGCAAAAGUGCCUACGCCUCGGCAUGUCUAGAGAUGCCGUUAAAUUCGGGCGCAUGUCGAAGAAACAGAGGGAGAAGGUCGAGGACGAAGUUAGGUUCCACAAGGCACAAAUGAGAGCGGCCUCCGAGACGGCGCCCGAUAGCAGUGUAUUUGAACACCAGACCCCGAGCAGUUCGGAUCAACAUCACCCUUUUAAUGGCGGGUACACGUACGGCGGCAGUGAAUACGCUUCUCCCGGUCCCGGCACGGGUGGGUCGGGUUAUUACAAUCAUCAAGCGAUGACCAACUACGAGCUUAGCGCCGACUACGUGGACAGCACGACGACCUACGAUCCGCGACCGACGCAGACACAGGUCGCGGACACUGUCGCCCCUGAUACACCCUCCGCUGUCACCGCGACUGGGGUACUUCCCAGCGUGGUCACCACCGGGAAGUCGCUGUCUGCCUCGACGACCGGAAGCAGCACGGCUGGCAGUGGUGGUGGCAGUAGCGGCGGCGGAGGCGGCGGAGGCGGUGGUGGCGGUGGUAACGGUGGUGGAUCCGGUGGUGGUGGUGGCUCGGGUGGUGGAGGGAGCGGUUCUGGCACCGGCGGUGGCGCGGCUGCCGGUGGCGGCGGCGGCGGCGGUGCCGGUUCCCUCAGCGGGGGUGGAAUCGUUGCUGUGAAGCAAGAGACCACCGUCGAACUGGCCAGCUUGGGCCACGGCUCGUACACGAUGGUCGACUCGACGACCUUUCUGAGCGGUCAGCAACAGAGGGUCAGCAAUCCAUCCGAGGACGACGAAGUGCCGAGUCUGCCCAAUCCGGCACAGAUCAGCGAGUUGCUCUCAAAAACGAUAGCGGAUGCACACGCAAGAACGUGUCUGCUGUCGACGGAACAGAUUCAGGAGUCUUUCCGGAAGCCGCACGACCUCUCCAGAUUGAUCUACUACAAGAACAUGGCGCACGAGCAACUGUGGCUCGAGUGUGCCCAAAAACUAACCACCGUUAUCCAGCAGAUCAUCGAGUUCGCCAAGAUGGUUCCUGGAUUCAUGAAACUCUCGCAGGACGACCAGAUUGUUCUACUAAAGGCUGGUUCCUUCGAGUUGGCUGUGCUACGUAUGAGCAGGUACCUCGAUCUCCAGCAGAACUGUGUCCUCUACGGUGACACCAUGUUACCGCAGGAUGCGUUUUACACGACAGACACGGCGGAAAUGAAGCUUGUUUCUUGCGUGUUUGAGUUGGCCAGGAGUAUUGCUGAAUUGAAGCUUACGGAAACAGAGCUGGCUCUUUACAGUGCAGCGGUUCUCCUUAGCCCCGAUCGGCCGGGGCUGAAAGGGCUCGCGGAAAUCACGAGACUGUCGCAGGCGGUGAUCAGGGCGCUCAGGUCGGAGCUGGAUCGUAACCACGUGUCACCCAUAAAGGGCGACGUGACGGUGUGCGACGCGAUCCUCGCCAAGAUCCCACAGCUUCGCGAGAUCUCUCUGUUGCACAUGGACGCCUUGGCCAAGUUCAAACGGUCGCAGCCGCACCUCGAGUUCCCGGCCCUUCACAAAGAGCUUUUCAGCGUCGACAGCUGAACGAUCGACGCGGCGCAGAGCGUCCCGACGCUGACGAACAAAGCGGUACGCGAGUAGCGCCGGGCCUUGCUCUGUCAAGGUGAGUUCUUCUCCACCGUCCGGAAAACGAAAACGAAAACGAAAAC